AUGGCCAUGCAGUCCCAAGCCCUUUUCUUCCUUCUUCUAUCGUUCUCUCUCGCGGCGGCAGAGAUUGCAAGAGAUGGCUUGAAUGCAAAUAUCGGAGGAUGGACCGGAUUGACCUUCCAGGCGUCUCGGUAUGAGCCUCUUUGCGGCUCGCUCGCCAGCACGCGAGCCCCAGCCGAUUCGUUCACAAACUGCAUCCCGGCCAUAGACAGCUACACCAACGAUACACAGACAACACUGGCAUUCUACGAUAUCUCUGGUGUGCGACUUUCUGGUACAGGGGUCGGUCUCGGAAAGGAUCUCUGCAUGUGCUUCUCGCUCAGUACUCUUUCUGAUGCAGAAAAGCUGGACAUCUGUUGGCACUUUGACGGGAAUGGAGUCGUUUCCCGUGAUUGGCAGUAUCAGCAAGUCAUGGGCAGCUGGAGGACAAGCGGCAAGGCACUUCCACACUGCGCCGACGUCAAUGUCCCAUCUCUUCAGGGAGAAUGGUCCCAGACGGCUUUUAUGCCGACGUAUACUGGGGUGAUCCAAACUCUCAAUCUUGGCCCGACGACUGUGCAUGUGACGGAGGUUGAAACACAGACUAUUAUCUUGACACCUACUGUUGCUACAUUCAGUGUUUCGUCUAUCACCGUCAUCACCGGAUCUGACGGUCAAGUCACAACCCAGCCAAUAACCUACGCGACCGAAGCGGCCGUGAUAGCCAACGUCCCAAAUGGUGGUGGAGGAAACUCUGAUUCGUCGAAGAGCGUUGGGCUUAAACUAGGACUGGGCUUGGGUAUACCUGCACUUGCCGCCAUCGUCAUCUUUUGGAUCUGGAUAGAGGACCGUAAGCACAAACGAGCAAUCAGAGCCCAAGGGAAUGGUGGUGUACCCGUCAAUCCUAACCCAACUUGGGCUCAAAGAUGA